AUGACGGAGAACGUAGACGGCCCAUUUCAAAUGGAUGAGGACAUAUCGGGUCUACCGAAUAAUGUUUCAAAAGACGACCCAAGAUACAGCGAAAUCCAGAUUAGUAAACUCACCCAGUCCGGGACAACAUUGGAUAACGACACGCCACUACGAUCGAAGUUGAAUCAGCUAAAGUUGGAAGAAAAGGAAAACAAUGCAACUACAAUAGAAGAGGAAGAGGAGAAAAACUAUGAUGAGGAUGUGGAUGACAAAUUGGAUGUUAACUUGCAAAAGAAAUUGCAAUUGGAAUACGAAGAACAACAGAAGCAACAUAAAAAGACGAUCGAAACAGUAGAUAUCAUAGAGCAGGAUAAACAAUAUGACUUUGAUGUUGAUGAUCAACCAUUAACCCCGCCUGAAAACUUUGCACUAGUCAUUGGAUCAAUCUAUAGAAGUUCUUUUCCUCAACCUGCCAAUUUUUCGUUUUUGAAACAACUUAAAUUGAAAUCAGUUCUAUGUCUUAUACCAGAGGAAUACCCAGAACUACAACAAAAGUUUUUCGAGACGAACAAUGUCAAGUUGUUUCAAUUGGGGAUGUCAGGGAAUAAAGAGCCAUUUGUCAAAAUCUCACUGGAUUUGAUUACACAAGCGAUCAAGAUAGUGCUAGAUCCAGAAAAUCAACCUAUACUUAUACAUUGCAAUCGUGGAAAGCAUCGAACUGGUUGUUUAAUUGGCGUUUUAAGACGAUUACAAAAUUGGUCCAAAACUAUAAUUUUUGAUGAAUAUAGGAAGUUUGCAGCUCCAAAGGAGCGACCAAUGGAUCAACAAUUUAUUGAGUUGUAUGAUGAUCGAGAUAUAAAGGAGUAUUGUAACGAACGAGGGUUGUUGCCAUUGAAAUGGGGAUGA